AUGGCUCGUUCGUUUUUCCACAAGUUGUUGCUUAACUUAUCAUCUGAAGAUGAGUUGGAGGUUGUUCUUAAUGAAAAUGACACAUCAACAUCUCAGCGUGGUCGCAAUCGGCAACGUCGUAAGUAUAUUCGGCGUGAUCAUAUUCAAAGGUAUGAACAGCUAUUUCGUGACUAUUUUGCAGAACCACCAUUAUAUCCCUCGAAUCUUUUUCGAAAGAGAUUCUGUAUGGGUCAUUCGCUUUUUCUUUGUAUUUUUAAUGAGGUUGAGCCUUAUAAGCCUUACUUAAUCCAAGAAAGAGAUAAUGUCGGAAGACUUAGUUUAUCUUCUAUGCAAAAGAUAAAUGAUGCCAUUAGAAUGCUUGCGUAUGGAAUAACUGCUGAUUUUAUGGAUGAAUACAUACGAAUUGAAGAAAGCACUGCAAUGGAGAGCCUAAAAAAGUUCGUGAAGACAAUCGUUGCUGUUUUUUCUAAUGAAUAUCUGCGGUCUCCAAAUGCUAAUGGUAUCGCUUGA